AUGGGCACGCCCGUGACCACGGGAAUUCCCAUGUCCUUAUCCAAAACACCAUCGAUAUUUGAAAAUUCUGAUUAUUUGAAAGUAUUUAUUACAUAUUGUGGAUAUUGUCUUGAUUUCAUUUUUCCACAUAAAGACGUAUCUUAUUCGUGUAUACAAUGUUCUAACUAUGGUGUAUGUCAAAAAUGUAUCAUAUUCAUGCGUGUUCAACAUUUGUCGGUGCACACAUUUGUCGAAAAUGUAAAAGAUACAUCGGCGGAUGAAGUAAUUCAUUAUGGAGUUACAUGUGAUGGUUGUCAAAGUCCAAACAUAUUGGGUAUUCGUUACCAAUGUGAACAAUGCCAAACAAAAAGUUACAAUUUGUGUUCUCAAUGUCUUCCACAAGCAAACACUCUUCAUGAUCAUGAGUCUCAUAUGUUUAAACCCAUUCAACAUCCGUUGGUACGUGCGUUAAAUCGAAUCGUUUUAGCUCACCGAGCCAUUGAUGUGUGCCGUACAAAACUUUUCCAACAAGAUCCAGCCACCGGGUGGACAAUAAACUAUGCGAAACAACUAACAAAACAAGUAGUUACUGUUGAUACUGAAAAUGGAACAUCUCACAAUGACAAGAUCGAGCACAACGAUUCGGAAAUGGAAAUGAUGAAAAUUGUUUGCGAUGUCGCAGAAACUUUUCGGCAAGGGGCAUUAGGUCAGUCUGAAUGGCUAUAA